GUGAGAGGGGGUAGGCUGGGAGCGCGUUAGCUGGCCCCACGGGCGACUCACCAUAUUUUAUUGUCGCGUUUGCCGACGCUAACCGCUGGUGUACGGCUCCGUGCCCGAUCUACGAAGAUGCCGACCUGACUCGAGAGAAGAGAAGUAUACACAGAACACUCGGCCUACUAGUAGAGUGCGGUACGAAUUCGCGUGGGUACGAGGUGCCGGUAGUGGCAUCAUCAGCCACCAGCAGAGGUGGCACCAGGCUCCCCCACCACACUGCGCGGCGUGCCGGCCUGGACCCUCCCACCCGUCUCACCGAGGGCAAACCAUCUCGCAAAAAUCGUCCCCCUUUCCAUGGAAGGAAAAGAACUACGGCGACGACUCUGCCACCACCACUGUCGAGCCGACCGUUUCUCGUCACUACCACCACCACCAUCGGCACACUACCAUCGUUAUCGCCAGCGCCACCGUCACUGUACCGCCGCCUCCUCCUACACCGAUCAACCGUCAUCUCGAGGAACGAGGAUACCAGAACUUACGGAUUUGGAUCGCGUUAUCCGGACCUUCGACGAACGCGUUACUUAUAACCUACUGUUGGAUUUACCAUCUCUUAUAUAUCUUUAUUGGUGAUUAUCCGAUCAAAAUCGGAUAUAAGUGACGAUUUACAAAAGUGCGCGUGUGAAUCAUAUUAGACGGAUAAUUGAAAUACUUAUUCGAUCGAAUAAUUAUUCCGUAAGCGCGCGCGAAAGAAGUUUCCGCCAAGUUCGAAAGUAGAGAGGGAAGACUCGUCGCAUGGACACGCGCCCUCCUUGUACCCCCUCUAAACACGAGUGAAAACAUACACAUACAUGUGGACGCACACGCACGCGAAUCAUGCAGAGGUGAAGACAAAAGUGCCGAGGCGUUAUACACAUGUGACUCGCGCCAGUUUGUAGUUACUAUUUGUUUAGAGUGCGCGUAUAUAGAUUUGGUGAUAUAAUUUGUGAGUUAAAAAAAUUCAUAUCGAUCAAUUUUCAAUUUUAAUUAUAAAAAAAAUAACAAAAACGAAUACGAGUCUCCCUAUGUCGUGAUUUCACGGGGUGUAAAGCAAUUCAACGUGUAGACGGAUUUUACAAGCAAGGAAGGAAAAAAAAGGAGAUCGGUGUGCGCGAACAAGUCGAUCCUCGCCUUUCCUUUUUCACGAGUCUCUUCGUCACCAUCGCUCGAGUUCUCGAUCUACCACUCUCUCCCUCUCUAUCUCUCGUUUCGCCUCUUGUCCGUCCCUCUAGCGUUUCCUCUCGCUCGCUCCUCCCUCUAUUUCGUCUCGCUUUCUCAUUUCCUCUCUCUCUAUAUCGCGCUUUCUUCUUCGCACUCGUACUUAUGUACCUCCGCCUUCCUAACCGCUGAGCGGAGGUCUGGAUUCCGUCGAAAAGAAACGACGAUUCGGAGGAUAGUCGCGACCGAUCAUAGCUGGCGCGUCGAUCGGAUCAACGGCGUGAGUUACAUGAACGAAUCAUCCACCGGUGCAUAUAAUACUUAUAUUUAAGUAACGCGUUAAUUGUAUUUCUACCGUUAUUAAUUUAUGAUUUAUCAAUUUCGACUUGUGUCAUAUCAUUUUUAUCAUCUGGACAAAUCUACAAUCUUUGUUUUUCGAUCUCUAGUGAUUAGUGUGAACUGUUCCUGUUGACUUAUAGUUGUCAUCGGUCUGUGUUGAUCGUGAAAUCCCGAAACCGACAGUGUCAUCUUUAUAACUGCAUUGUGGUCGAAGAUCGGAAAACUGGUCCCUGCUUCUCACAGUGCCUGCGUUUGUGACAGUGCAAGUGUAUAUACGACCGGAGACCGCCUUCAGAAUCAAGUAGAGUCGGGUACUAGACAGUGCAAUAAAACAGGCGUGAGUUUUACAGUGAAAAAUUUUUUGCCAUUUUUUUUUACGUUGUUUUGCCAUUUAGUGACUUGCUCUGGUUUUCCGACCGGCAAUUAUAUCCGCACGAUUUUAUCUUUCUCGUCGUGUUACGUGGUGAAAAAAUAAAAUUAAAAAGAGAAGAAAAAACAAAAGUGAUCUGAUACUUGUUCCGAGUGACUUGGUGACACUGCAACAGAUGCUACGGUCUGGAAGGAUGAUCGCGUAGCGGCGCCCGACCAUCACGGCCCUGAGUGGCCGACACAACAUGUCACAGUUCUCUUUUCGAGGAUCGCCAAAUCUACAGUGUCCUGUGACAGUGAGUUCGUCGCUGACGUCUUCUUCGACCUCGCCGGUGUCCGGCGCGAUCCUGAGCGCAGGCGGUUCGUCGUUGGUCAGCGUAGCGAGCACUGCCACGAAUCAUCCCUUGGGAGUAGCUGCCGGCCUGUCGAACGCGAGGAUGGCGGUGACCAGCGCGGUUGUGAGGCCGCCUGGCAGUCCAACCACGUCGGUCAGCCCGUCGCAGGGUCAUCCGCCUCCGACGACCGGCGGUCCAACGCCGACGGGGCGAUGUUGCGACACCGGAAGACCGAUCUUCACGGAUCCCCUCACGGGCCAGACCGUGUGCUCCUGCCAAUACGAGCUUAUCGGCGGUUAUCAACGGCUCGGCGCGCUACCGACGGCCGCGCUUUCCAUGUAUAGCGCGCCGUACGCGGCUGCAGCCGCCGCCGCCGCCUCCGAGGGCAUGGCCGCCUAUUUCCCGAGCCUUGGGGCCGAGCAAGCGCCCUUCUAUACACCUACGGCUGCUGGCCUCGAUCUGAAGGCGGAAAAUCUUGGGGCUGGAGCCGCGGCAGCAUGGCCUUAUCCUUCCGUGUACCAUCCCUAUGAUGCGGCCUUCGCUAGUUAUCCCUUCAAUGGUUAUGGGAUGGAUCUAAACGGGGCCAGACGAAAGAACGCGACGCGAGAGACGACGAGUACGUUGAAGGCCUGGCUUAACGAUCAUAAGAAGAAUCCUUAUCCAACGAAGGGCGAGAAGAUCAUGUUGGCAAUCAUCACGAAGAUGACUCUGACCCAAGUGUCCACGUGGUUCGCGAACGCGCGGAGACGUUUGAAGAAGGAGAACAAGAUGACGUGGGAGCCAAGGAACAGGGUCGAGGACGAGGAUAAUAAUAACGAGGAUGACGACAGUGGAAGAAAGAGCGUCGACGAGAAAGAUCGGCUAGACUCGAAAGACUCUGGCACCGGAUCAAGCGAGGACGGCGAGCGGCCGGCGCACCGGAUGGACCUCCUCGGCACCAGCGGCGGUUCCACGGGUGUCCAAGGCAGAACCGAGAGCGAAUGGAGCGAAUCCCGAGCAGACAGCGGUCCAGACAGCCCGGAGUGCCUCUACGACCAAAGAGAACCUCCCAGACACCCUUUGCAGCUACAACAUCCCGCCUAUCUCGCCUCCUCUCACGGCCGACUGUUGCGCCACCCGUCUCCCGAGAGCACGCCACCUAGCAGUCACCACGUCCCGCCAAGCACAACAGCGUCCUCGACGGGCAGCGGCGUAACCACGAAGCCUAGGAUCUGGUCCCUGGCCGACAUGGCGAGCAAAGAUGGCGAACAGCAGAGCCCGAUACCGACCACGAUGACAGGUCUCUCAUCGCCUUACGGUGGAAGCGGUGGAGCUGGUGGUGGAGGAGUGGCGGGCGGGGGUGGAGGUGGGGGCAAGUUGAUGAGCCCUUUGGCCAGUCGCCUGCCGCCUCAUCAUCCGCUUGCAAUGCACUCUGGGACGCAAUUUGUUCGACAUCAUCCGGAUUUCUACCGCAACCUGUACGGCGCCUCUCAUCUCGGCUCAGGAGACAUGUCACUGUUGGAGACUUACUCGAGGACCUUGGGCGGACUGAGCGGUGUCAUGCCCCCCUCCACAGCGCCCAGUAUACUGACGUCGUCCGCGUCAGCCGUGUCGGCCACUGGUAAACCUUUCUCGAUUAACGGUGGCAGCACUGCUCCAGGUGGCGCUGUGCUCCUCACCACAGCGACCUCUGGCCUAUCUCCCUCGUCCUCGUCCACGGCGUCCUCGGGUGGGUCGGAUCAGUCCCCUCACCCGAGCCUGUCGUCCACGCAGGAGCUCAAGUCACCUGGCCGAGUGUGAUUAUGAAGGGGUGAGUGUGACGAUCACGGACUUUAAUAUUAAAUAAGUUUCGCCGCGCAGGCGUUGUGUGGUGUGUGGAUGACAAUAAUAAUCAGAGACUAUGAUUCUUGUAAUUAGUGUACAGUUAACUGGAAACGAUAUACGAACGACGAUAUGUAACUGCCCUCACUUAAAACCCAUUUGAUCCGUUUCCACCGUUCUUAGUCUUCUUCGAUCCCCCUCGUUUUGCUUAUCCUCAUCCUGUGGCGCGAAAUUUCGUCUUGGGCCAUUUUUAACUUCCUUUCCUUUUCUUUGUAUUUUCUCGUGGUUAUUUCAUUGGAUAAUAAUCCGCGUAUCAACAUUUCGAAGAAAAUUUGAAUUUUCUAAUUUUUAUCUGAAUACGAAAAACGAAGAGAAAUUAUUUACAGUUUUAAUUACCACGAUUAUCGUAAUUGAAUCCGUUUAAUGUUAACGAAAAAAUACAGGGAAAAAGGUUUA